AUGGCGCUGUGCCCUGUGCUUCUGCCCGCGGUGCUGGCGCCUUUGCCCUGUGCCUCAGGGCGCGGUACCUCAGGCGAGGCACGGCACCGUGUCUCAGGGCGCGGUACCUCAGGCAAGGCUGGGCGCAGUGCCUCAGGCUUUAAGGUAAGACCCUAUACAGUUACCCCAAAGAAAGUGACAAUCCUAGGAGAAACUCAUGAAGAGGAAGAUGAGAUCCUUCCACGCAAAGACUAUGAGAGCUUGGAUUAUGAUCGCUGUAUCAAUGACCCAUACCUGGAAGUUUUGGAGAGCAUGGACAACAAGAAAGCCCAGAGGUAUGAAGCAGUGAAGUGGGUGAUGGUUUUUGCUAUUGGAGUCUGCACAGGACUGGUAGGCCUCUUUGUGGAUUUCUUUGUACGGCUAUUUACCCAGCUCAAGUUCCAGGUGGUGCAAAGCUCAGUGGAAGAGUGCACUGAAAAAGGCUGUCUUGCCUUGUCCUUGCUGGAGCUGCUGGGGUUCAACCUGACCUUCGUUUUUCUUGCCAGUCUUCUGGUCCUGAUCCAACCUGUAGCAGCUGGAUCAGGAAUUCCUGAAAUUAAGUGCUACCUCAAUGGGGUAAAGGUUCCAGGAGUUGUGCGUCUCCGGACGGUGGUGUGCAAAGCUAUGGGAGUGCUCUUCAGUGUGGCAGGAGGUCUUUUUGUCGGGAAGGAGGGUCCAAUGAUACACAGUGGUGCUGUCGUGGGUGCGGGUUUGCCACAGUUCCAGAGCAUCUCUUUGAGGAAGAUCCAAUUUAACUUUCCCUAUUUCCGCAGUGACAGGGAUAAAAGGGAUUUUGUAUCUGCUGGAGCUGCUGCAGGGGUUGCGGCUGCCUUUGGAGCCCCAAUUGGGGGCACUCUUUUCAGCUUGGAAGAAGGUUCCUCCUUCUGGAACCAGGGACUUACAUGGAAAGUGCUCUUCUGUUCCAUGGCUGCCACCUUCACCCUGAAUUUUUUCCGCUCUGGGAUUCAGUUUGGAAGUUGGGGGUCUUUCCAGCUCCCUGGGCUGCUGAACUUUGGGGAGUUUAAGUGCUCUGAGUCUGAUAAGAAAUGCCACCUCUGGACAGCUGUGGACUUGGGCUUCUUCAUUCUGAUGGGGAUUGUAGGAGGCCUUCUUGGAGCCACCUUCAACUGCCUGAACAAGAGACUUGCAAAGUACCGCAUGCGGAACGUGCAUCCCAAGCCAAAGCUGGUCAGAGUCUUGGAGAGCCUGCUGGUGUCGUUGACUACCACGGUCGUGGUCUUUGUAGCCUCCAUGGUCCUGGGGGAAUGCCGUCAGAUGUCUUCCACCAGUCAUAGUGGCAAUGACACUUUGAGCCUGCAGGGUAUGUCAGAAGAUGUGAAUUCAAGCAUCAAAACUUUUUUCUGCCCGAAUGAAUCCUACAAUGACAUGGCCACACUCUUCUUCAACCCUCAGGAGUCGGCUAUCUUGCAGCUCUUCCACCAGGAUGGUACUUUCAGCCCAGUCACACUGUCCUUGUUCUUCCUUCUCUAUUUCUUACUCUCCUGCUGGACAUACGGGAUCUCUGUGCCCAGUGGUCUUUUUGUGCCAUCACUGCUUUGUGGGGCUGCCUUUGGACGCCUGGUCGCCAACCUCCUCAAAAGCUACAUUGGCCUGGAUCACAUCUACUCGGGAACCUUUGCACUCAUUGGGGCAGCAGCAUUCCUGGGGGGAGUGGUCCGCAUGACAAUUAGCCUGACUGUCAUCCUAAUCGAAUCCACCAACGAGAUCACCUAUGGGCUCCCAAUAAUGAUCACCCUCAUGGUAGCCAAAUGGACAGGAGACUUUUUCAACAAAGGCAUCUAUGACAUCCAUGUGAACUUGCGAGGAGUGCCUCUUCUGGAGUGGGAAACAGAGGUGGAAAUGGAUAAACUGCGAGCCAGCGACAUCAUGGAACCCAACUUGACCUAUGUCUACCCGCACACCAGGAUCCAGUCCCUUGUUAGCAUCCUGCGCACAACUGUCCAUCACGCCUUCCCUGUAGUGACUGAGAACCGGGGCAACGAGAGGGAGUUCAUGAAGGGAAAUCAGCUGAUAAGUAACAACAUCAAAUUCAAGAAAUCUAGCAUCCUCACCCGAGCCGGAGAGCAGCGCAAGCGUAGUCAGUCCAUGAAAUCCUACCCUUCCAGUGAAUUGCGAAACAUGUGUGAUGAGCACAUAGCAACGGAGGAGCCACCAGAAAAGGAGGAUCUGUUGCAACAGAUGCUAGAGAGAAGAUACACUCCCUACCCCAACCUGUACCCUGACCAGUCUCCCAGUGAAGAGUGGACCAUGGAGGAACGCUUCAGACCUUUGACCUUCCAUGGCUUGAUCUUGCGCUCACAGCUUGUCACACUCCUUGUCAGGGGUGUUUGUUACUCCGAGAGCCAGUCGAGUGCAAGUCAGCCUCGUCUGUCCCAUGCAGAGAUGUCAGAGGAUUACCCCCGCUAUCCAGACAUCCAUGACCUGGACCUUACGUUGCUGAACCCUCGCAUGAUAGUGGAUGUCACCCCAUACAUGAACCCAUCACCCUUUGCUGUCUCGCCAAAUACUCACGUGUCGCAAGUCUUCAACCUGUUCAGGACAAUGGGACUCAGACAUUUACCAGUUGUGAACGCAGUUGGAGAGAUUGUUGGGAUAAUCACUCGGCACAACCUGACCCACGAAUUUCUGCAGGCAAGACUGAGACAACACUAUCAGACCAUUUGA